UCGCCGGCGUAGAACGCAGCGAGAACUCAGUCGCUCACGAGCAUCCGCCGACCGAUGAACAUGGCCCCCUACACGUCGAAGAGCGCGAGUGCCGUGCUGGCGAUGUGUCGUAACGCGCUUCUCCUCGUGGUUGCGGUCGUGGCCCUCGGCAGAGCGGACCACGCCGAAAACGGCCUCAAAGUGGAGAAGCUCUACGUUCCUGAGGUAUGCGACGCCAGGUCGAAGAAGGGCGACCAGCUGACCAUGCAUUACACCGGCACGCUACAGGAUGGAAACAAGUUUGACUCAAGCUUGGACAGAGAUCAGCCGUUCACGUUCCAGUUGGGUGUAGGUCAGGUCAUCAAGGGUUGGGACCAAGGUCUUUUGGACAUGUGCGUGGGCGAGAAGAGGAAACUGACGAUACCACCUGAGCUUGGAUAUGGCGACAAGGGCGCCGCAAACGUGAUCCCUGGCGGUGCCACGCUUACUUUCGAAGUCGAGCUCAUGAAUAUUAGCGACUCGCCCCCAACAGCCAACGUCUUUAAGGAGAUCGAUGCGGACAAAGACAACCAGUUGUCCCGCGAGGAGGUGAGAGCAAUGGUGAGCGACUACCUGCGGAAACAGGUGUUGGAGGCGGAGCAGGCCGGCGCGAGCGAGAACGAGGACGUGAAGAAGAUGCUGGCCGACCAUGACAAGCUCGUCGAGGAGAUCUUCCAGCACGAGGACAAGGACAAGAACGGCUUCAUCUCCCACGACGAGUUCAGUGGGCCGAAGCACGACGAGCUCUGAAGUCUUCGUCCCGCAUCACCGCGUCUCCGAGCGCCCGUCGUCGGCGUCGCCGUUGCCGUCGUCGCCGCCACCGACGUCGACGACGAUACCGCCGCGCCCCGCGCCACCACGUGUUCACCUCUGUAUAGAAUCGCCUCUUCGAGUCCCCUCCCGGGGAUUCCCGAAGGACUCACCGAUCAAUCGUCCCGAGCACACGCGCGCUCGGACUCGCAACCAGACCGACAGGAUUCACCGGCAGGAGCGAAUUAUUCAGACGACUCCGCAACAUCGACACUCACCAUUUCGCGAGAGGGAUGCGACCUUCGGGAACCUUCGACUCGCCCAGUCGCCGUCGCGUCCUCGAUCGCACGGGGCUUCCGGGGCUAGAUGGGGGAGGGGGCGGUGGUAGGUUCGACGAGAGAGAUCGACAACGAAGUUUGCGGAUUCGCAAACCGAGUGAAGCCGGUAGAUCCGACCCGAGAAGUAUCUCACGAGGCCACGAGGAUUGCUCUCGAUGGCCCUAAGUACCCGUUAGCUCGAGGAUUCCUUGAUUUUUUCCCGAAGCCCCCGGACGCUCUCCCGGGACGGGGAGAUGCGAUCGCGUUCCGUUGGAAUAGGAGAACCGCGGUGACAUCCCGCGAGUCCCAUGUUGAGCGCGCAGCAUUGCUCGAGGAGAGUCGCAGGGGGCAAUCUCCGGUCAUUUCCGGCGCACUUGCCACCAGGACCCUUCCCUGAUACAACUUACCGGGAACGUCCGCGAAAUUUUUGUCGGCCCACGUUUAACACGCGUCUUAAUUGAUUAAACGCUGAAAAUAUGCAUUUUAAAGCGAAUUUUGAUCGUUGUAUUAAGAAAUCAGAAUCUCUUGCUGGAAGAAGUACGAGGAAAUUUCAAGUCGCGGAAAGCUCUCGUGGGAGAUUAUUUCUGCGUAUCACUUGUUUUCUUCCUACAAAUUAAUCGCGUUAGGACUUUUUGUCGUGAGAGAUUGCUCGUGAAAAUUAUUCCUACCGUCGCGUAACCGUUCGUUAAUCGUUCCUGAGCAAUUGACUUGCUCUUCGCGAAAUUCUGGCGGAUAUUCCUAAGCGGGCGAGCGACAUUCCGGCGCGACGACGCUGCUGUACAUUUUACUACGAUAUUCCAAGAAAAGAGAUGGAAAAUGCACGAAUGCCUGCUCGAGUGACUGCACCCCCGUGACGUGAAGUGAGAGGCUGUUUCCGCGAUAUAUAUAAUAUAUAUAUAUAUAUAUAUAUAUAUAUAUAUAUAUAUAUAUAUAUAUAUAUAUACAUAAAAGUAUAUAUACAAAAAAAAAGAGAAAAAGAGAGAGAUUGAUGACAGAGCGAGAGAAAGGUGUGAGACGGUGAGAGUGUUUUUUCUACAUGAUUAUAGAUGUUAGCGUAACUCAAAAGGCAUCGACGUAUGGUGCUAUUAAAAUCACACGCAUUCUGUCCCGCUCUCCAAAAGCUUCCAUUCUGAUCCCCCACAAAUCUUCCCAAUCCCCGAAACCAUAAUGACCCCCUUGCUCGCGAGUCGCGCGAUAUUCACGUCAGGUGACGAGAAGAGGAUGACGAGAAGAGGAAGAGUGAAGUAUCACGAGGACGCGCAAUGGAGAUGAAUGUGGUCGCUCUGAAAUGCGAGCCUCCCCUAUUGUCGCUAUCAUUAUUAUUACAUUUUAACUGAUACGUUUUUAUUACUACAUUAUAUUGUAUGUUGUUAAAGUUGGACGAAGGUUAAUUAAUAAAUCGUGUGUCUCGAGCACAGUUUGUUAUAUAA